AUGCUCUCGAUAGGCUUUGGUUUCGUGGUGGAGGGAACAUUCCCACCGGCAGAGACAGACUACGACUACGACGACACGCAGAAGGUGUUCCUCGUUGCCUAUGCUGUACUGGCGGCUCUGGCUUUGGUCUUCCCACUCUUCACCCUGAUGCUGACCAUCGCAGCUCGCUUUGAAGUCGAGCUUUGUCAGCAGGAUGUCAUGGGCGACUUGCAGAAGCACCUCCUGAAAGCCUUGCGACGCGACCGACUGGAUGCCUUGGAGACGAAGGCAGCGUCGCCAAGAAGCGACGAGGCAGCUCCGGGACGUCACAUCUCAAGCCCGAGUUCGGCCUCUUGGUCUCAGCAGCCGAGCAGUGUCCUUCGGGGCCGCAGCGCACCAGCCCUGGGUCGAAAUACGCCGGUCUUUGGUCGAAAGCCCCCGCCGCCCAAAGACUUCGGCAAGGCAUUGCGAGGUGGCCUGCAACGGCAGUUUGGCAACUUUUACACCUUCUUCUACGAGGACACCGUGGGGAGGAUCGCAGAGGAUGAGGUGAAGCUCAUUGCAGAGGGCUUGCUUCAAAAGGUGAAUCACUAUCAUUUCCUCUACCCGAUCGCGCAGCUCUUCCUUUGGCUGGGGAUGCUCUCCUCCGUCUUGGUUUGUUGCGUCCUCCUUGGGCUCUACUACCAGGCCAACUACCCGAACACACCGGCGAUGUGGCGCUGUUAUACCUUCAUCCUCGUCAUCUGCGUCAUCGGGAGCGUGAUCUUCCUGCUCUGGAUGAAGUACCACAUGCUGCGUGACAAGCAGGAGGAAGUCCGCACGAAGACCUCAGCAUCCAGCUUUUUCCAUGAGGAGUCAGCAGCUCCUUUAGACUCCGCCGUGCCGGUGUUCCAGAGCGAUGAGCAGGUGGAGGCAGCUUACCGUCAAGCAUUCCACACGCCGACCGGUGACGCGGGUGAUCUGGAGGCUUUUGAGACUGCAGCAGAGGACUCAGACUCCGGAUCCGUGCCCCGCCGGCCGGCAUUGCCGACGCAAAGCCGUACUGGGCAACGACCCCGACGAAUUUCGGAAGCUCGUUCCGAUGUGAGCUCAGCUCCCUCCCUGCCCGGCUUCCCCUACGGCUGA